AAUUUAUAUCUUAAUAAUUACCAUUCUCUUCUCCAAUCCACUAUCCAAGAAUGAGUAUAGUAGAAAUGUGGACUAACCUAGGCUCAGCAAUUGCUGGCAUAAUGUUUGCUUGGGCUAUGUUUCAACAGUACUUCCCUUACCAAUUUCGGGGCUAUCUCGACAGAUAUACCCGGAAAUUGGUAGCUUAUGUCUACCCUUACCUUCAAAUUACCUUCCAUGAAUACACCGGGGAACGGCUCAAGCGUAGCGAGCUCUAUGCCAACAUUCAGAACUACCUCAGCGCCACCUCAUCCACUACGGCCAAGAGGCUUAAGGCUGAUGUUGUUAAAGACGGCCAGUCUCUUAUUCUUAGCAUGGACGACCAUGAAGAGAUUACUGAUGAAUAUAAUGGGAUUAAGGUCUGGUGGGCUUCCAGCAAAACUACUCCAAAAUCACAGACCAUCUCGUGGUAUCCUGAAGCAGAGGAGAGGAGAUAUUUCAAGCUUACAGUUCAUAGACGUCACAGAGAUAUAAUCACGACGUCUUAUAUUGAUCAUGUUUUGAAAGAAGGCAAGACAAUUUCGAUCAGGAACCGUCAGAGAAAGCUUUACACCAACAAUCCUAGCCAGAAUUGGUAUGGGUGGAAAGCUAGCAAGUGGAGCCAUGUGGUGUUUGAGCAUCCUGCUACUUUUGACACUUUGGGAAUGGCAACUAAGAAGAAGCAGGAGAUCAAGAAUGAUCUUAUCAAGUUCAGUAAAGGGAAAGAGUACUAUGCCAAGAUUGGCAAGGCUUGGAAGCGCGGAUAUCUUCUUUAUGGUCCUCCAGGAACUGGCAAAUCAACUAUGAUUGCUGCCAUGGCUAACUUCUUGAAUUACGAUGUUUAUGAUCUUGAGUUGACUACAGUGAAGGACAACAGCGAGCUAAGGAAGCUGUUGAUCGAGACGACGAGCAAGUCUAUCAUUGUGAUUGAGGAUAUUGAUUGCUCACUCGAUCUGACUGGUCAGCGAAAGCCCAAGAAGGAGAAAGACGACGACGAUGACGACAACGACGAUGAGAAGAAGAAAGAUCCAGUCUCCAAGAAGAAAAAGAAAGAUGAAGAUGAGAGCAAUAAAGGAAGCAAGGUGACCUUGUCGGGGCUAUUGAAUUUUAUUGAUGGAAUUUGGUCAGCUUGUGGGGGAGAAAGGAUCAUUGUGUUCACUACUAAUUAUGUUGAGAAACUUGAUCCUGCACUGAUCAGAAGGGGAAGGAUGGACAAGCACAUAGAGAUGUCUUACUGCUGCUUUGAAGCAUUCAAGGUUCUGGCUAAGAAUUAUUUGGACGUUGAAUCCCAUGAGUUGUAUGGUAAGAUUAGCAAGUUGUUGGAGGAAACCAACAUGACACCAGCUGAUGUUGCAGAGAAUUUGAUGCCUAAAUCAGAUGAAGAAGAUGAGGACACUUGUCUCAAGAAUUUGAUUGCUGCUCUUGAGGAAACGAAGGAAGAGGAAGCAAGAAAGAAGGCUGAAGAAGCAAAGUUAAAGGCAGAGCAAGAAGCCAAAGAGAAAGAGAAAGCUAGUAAAGAAGAUGAAAAGGGGAAUGUAAAAUCAGAUAAGGAAAUCAAAGAGAAUGGUAUCACCUCAAAUGGGGAGAAACAGAUUGCCCCUUGAAGACAAACUAAACUGUGUGGUGGCUUAACUAUGCCAAUGAGAAAUUGGCUCUUCUUAGGGUUCCUGAUUUUUAGAAUAAAACUUGUUAGUGAUCACAAGUUAAGUUGUUAAUUAGGUAUUGUGUAAUCUAAAGCUACUUAAUUGUAUCAGUUUCUUCAAUAUAUUAUUUUCCCUGUCUAAUUAAUCAAAAUUUCACCGAUUAAA